AUGACCUGGAGACACCCUGUUAGGCUUCUGUUUUUUGUCAGUUUGGCAUUACACAUCAUCCACUUGGGAGACAACAAUUAUCAAAAAAAGAAACAUAAAGCUAACAGAGAAGAAAUCAACAAUGCUACAGCCCAGAAGCUCCAGCAGGAAACGCUCAACUGGAUCCUGAAUAAUUUGGGGGAGGGGAACGGAAGCAUGGAUGGGUGGCAGCCGCAGGAUUCAAGUACCUACUUCAGGGCUUUCUCAGCUCUGGCCAAAUCACAGAUGUUCAGCACCACUUUCCACCCCUUUGUCCAUGAGAAUGGAGGACACAAAUUAAGGAACAGGGCAGAUGACUGGUGGCUUGCUGACAGAGAUGAUGAUGACAUGAAGGAUGAUGAUGGCUACCUGGAAGAGUUUCUUGCUGCGCGCUCAAAUGGACAGAGCACACACCGCGUGCUGAAUGUUCUCGUCCUUCUUCUGUGCUCACUCUUACAAAGGCUCCUUAGGGAAGGGAGAGAUGGCUGA